ACUUCCGGUAGGAAGGUACCACGUGACCCGCACUCACGGAACCCUUCUCGCGCAGGAACUGGGCCGAGCGCUGUUCUGGUUCCCCUCCUCCGGGGCUCGUUAGCUGGAUCCAGGCCGCAGUAAAAGCUUCAAACGGACGCGGCCCGACCCGGCGGUUCGGAGGUCGUGAUGGGGUUGAGGGGUUCGAGUCUGACGAGCCUGCUGCUCAUCUGCGUCACUCUGUGGAGCGAGCCCAACUCCGCGCUGUUCGGCCACGCGAACCGGAGACCCAACAUCGUUAUGGUGCUGACAGAUGACCUGGACGUCCUCAUGGGGGGCCUGAAUCCUCUGAGCAAAACCAAGAAGCUGGUGGGUGAUGCUGGGAUGACCUUCACAAACGCAUUCGUGGCCAGCCCGCUGUGCUGCCCAAGUCGAGCGAGCAUCCUGACGGGGAAAUACCCGCACAACCACCACGUGGUCAACAACACGCUGGAGGGAAACUGCAGCAGCCGAGCCUGGCAGAAGAGCGAGGAGCCGCACGCCUUCCCCGCUCUGCUGAAGGCCUACGGAGGCUACCAGACCUUCUUCGCCGGGAAAUACCUCAACCAGUACGGCCGGGCGGAUGCUGGCGGGGUGCAGCACGUCCCCCCGGGGUGGAGCUACUGGUUUGCUUUGGAGAAGAACUCCAAGUACUACAACUACACCAUGUCUGUGAACGGGAAGGCUCAGAAACACGGAGCAGACUACAGCAGAGACUACCUGACAGAUGUGUUGACAAACGUGUCGUUGGACUUCCUGCAGUACAAAUCCAGCUACCAGCCCUUCUUCAUGAUGGUGUCCACGCCGGCCCCCCACUCCCCCUGGACUGCAGCUCCUCAGUACCAGGACCGCUUCAAUGCCACCAAGGCUCCCCGGGAACCCAACUUCAACAUCCACGGAGCGAACAAACACUGGCUGAUCCGGCAGGCCAAGACUCCCAUGACCAACUCCUCCAUUCAGUUCCUGGAUGAGGCCUUCAGGAAAAGGUGGCAGACUUUGCUCUCAGUGGACGACCUGGUGGAGAAAAUAGUGAAGAAGCUGGAGGUCCAAGGAGAGCUGGACAACACCUACAUCUUCUUUACCUCUGAUAACGGCUACCACACAGGUCAGUUCUCCCUGCCGCUGGAUAAGAGACAACUCUACGAGUUUGACAUCAAGGUUCCCCUCAUGGUUCGAGGACCGAAUAUCAAACCCAACCAGACCAGUCAGAUGCUGGUGGCGAACAUCGACCUUGGCCCAACCAUACUGGACAUCGCCGGCUACAACGUCAACAAGACUCAGAUGGACGGCAUGUCCUUCCUGCCCAUCAUGGAGGGGAGGAUGAACGCCAGCGGCUGGAGGAGUGACCUUCUGGUGGAGUACGAGGGGGAGGGCAGCGAGGUGUCCGACCCCGCCUGCCCUCUGCUCGGCCCGGGGGUGUCGGAGUGUUUUCCUGACUGCGUGUGCGAGGACUCCUACAACAACACCUACGCUUGUGUGCGCACUGUCGCCCCCUCUGCCGACCUGCAGUACUGCGAGUUUGAUGACAACGAGGUUUUCGUAGAAGUCUACAACGUGACUGCAGAUCCCUACCAGCUGACCAACAUCGCAAAAACCAUCGACCAGGAGGUCCUGGAGAAGAUGAACCACCGGCUGAUGAUGCUGCAGUCCUGCUCCGGACAGACGUGCCGAACGCCGGGCGUGCACGACCCGAGGUACAAGUUUGACCCCCGACAGCUGUUCCCCCCCCACAGCUGGAAGCCGAGCAGACUCAGUCAGAGGGUGAAAUGAGGAAGAGUCCGGAUGGAGGAGGAAGAGGAGCGGAGAUGUUGCUUCAGCUCGCUGUGAGAUGAUCCAGCCGCUUAGAUGAUGAAGGGAUCAGGUUGGCUUGGGUCUAGAUCAGGAAGUCUGUAAAUGUAAGAGGAAGAGUCCUUAUUUCCCCCUGCUCAUCCGUCAUGGAGGCUCGAGUCCACCAGCUCUCACUUCAGCUACAAAAACCGGAGAUUUUCUUUCAACAAACCACAAAACAUCCAGAAAAAAUAAAUAAAAUUAAUCCUAAUCUGACAGGAAUCCCAAAAGGACAGACACCACAUCGUCUGAUCUCAGAGGCGACAAAAAAAGACGUUUGUGCCAAGUUUUCAUUUGGCGCCGAGUCGUUCCGGCUGAAAUUCGGGGUUAGAUAAAUGUCAAAAUGACACGCAUCCACAUGAACACAACGGGGAAAAAAAUCCUUUAGAUUUACGUUUGAAAGAUUUCUGUCAAAAAUACACCACUGACAACAUUAUGAGGCCGGUUCAUUAAACUAGAAUGAAACUUUAUUGAUCCGACAACAGAGAAACUGACUUGUUAUCACACUUCUCUUGGAAAAAAUUCCAGAUAAUAAUAAAGGCGAUCUUCGGCGGCGUUUUGUUGUUGCUAAGCGACAGCAGCAGAUCAUGGGCCUGCAGGCCGUUUCUGACCUAGAAGUAAUGAAAAUUAGACCAGAAAAGAGAGUGGCAGACUUUCUAUGAUCUUUUUUACAAACAAUAUCUGAUUCAUACUCAGAAAUGCAGUUUUCAUCUUACUUUUCUCUAAACACGUCCUCCAUCGUCAGAAAAAUGCUACAAGACGACGUUAAAAACGCCAUUUGUCAUCAGAGUGGGUCUUUAAACAGUCUGUUUAAGACAACUGCUAUUUGCGACAAUCAUCUACACAACAAAACAUUAAUUAGUGCUAGAAAAUCAAAAUACUAAAGUCGUUUAUUAUAAACCGUUCAUCAGCGCCUGAUCUCUCCAUCUACAGUCAGUGCAUGCAGACUUUUCGGUUAUAAAUGCCUGUGAUGCACUUUUGACAGUAAUCCAACGUGGAAAAUCAAAGAAAACCUGUCAAACAUAAAAGCAAAUGCUGCAUUUUUUUUCCACAGUGUGCACAACUUUGUCCAACUGCAUAUUUUGACAGGAAUCUAACCCCAUUCUGAAAGAUUCUGAUCUUUCCAACAUCCUGAUGCUGGUGCGUUUGAUGGGAAAGAUGCUGUUGACCAACCUACAAACACGGCGAAAGCGUCUGCUACUUCCUGUUUCCUGUCAUCCAUCCUGCAAAGACAAACGUUCAUCAAAUGAUUUUCACCCAAAAACUAAAAAUGUAAAGAAAAAACAAACAAGACUUUUUAAAACUCAAACAAAAAACCUUCACAUUUCAAUGGAUUUCUUCUAAAUUCUCUUUAUUUCUUCACACAAAAAGAUCAGAACUUUUUCCUCAGAUGAAGGUAAUUUGGAGACGAAGCAGUUUGGAAAGUUUUGUGCCAAAAGUUUGUCCGACAGAUUUCAAAGCUCCUCUGAUCAUUUCAUUAACGUUCUGCUUAAGAUUAUACACAAAAUAUGAAGAAAAAAAAAAAAAAAAAAUCAAAGCCAGUGUAGAUUUAGAAAAACAUUUCUGUUCCAUGUCUUCAUUAAUCUGAGUUUUAUUUUAUUAACAGAGAUAUUUCAUCGUAACAGCUGCUGUAAAAAUAUUCUUUUGAAUAGAAAACAUUCAUUCAUUGAACUCAAAGUCAGAAGGAAUCGCGUUUGGUGGACAUUUUCCUGCUGCUGCUCCUCUUGGAUGUUCCUCCUCCUGAUGUUUGUCCCGACUAACUUCUCACCUGAAACCACAGCAGGACCGCCGAUCGGUCCUCUUCCUGUCACUGAUGCACUUUUCAUUCUGUCAGUUUGGUUUCUGACACUUUGUUGAAAUGGUUUUGGGCUCCUUUUUGUCUAAUAAAUGUAUUUUUAUGGUGUCACCUCA